UUGACGAAAAAUGGCUAUAGUUUAGACGUUUUCACUAAGUUUACCUUCAUGGGAAAAAUAGCGUUGUCAACAUGAAAGUAUCGUUUAUAAUUUUAGCCAUCUUGGUAUUAUUAGUCGUAAUUCACAAGACGGAGGGAAUAAGGGAGAACCACAGCGGAAGCAAAAGCCAGCGACAAGGACAAAAUAAUGCCGCUGCCUUUUGGAAAAGAAGUUCAUUGCAUAAAUCAGAACAACACAAAAGGCUCAAGGAGGCGACGAAACAUAAAAUGAACGAUGUGGCCCAAAGUAAAAGACAGUUUGUGCCCGGAUUACCAUGUCUUAAUUGUCCAUUUCCACAUAUUCACAGAAUUAUUGUACAUCAUCACCCAGAAAUCAAUCUCUGUCUUCCAAAUCCCUGCAAAAAUGGUGCAACAUGCACAGAAAGAACUGGAGGGCGAUACGAAUGUACUUGUCCUAUUGGAUACAAAGGUGUAACGUGUGAAGAAAGGAGCAUUUGUUUCUCCAAUCCCUGUAUGAAUGGAGGAACCUGUCUUGAUGAGACAUACGGAUAUAGGUGCAGUUGCAGGGUCGGCUACAGUGGCAUCAACUGUCAGCAUCACGUCUGUAAACCUAAUCCUUGUCACAAUGGCGGUUCUUGUUUGGAAGAGGGAUCCUCUUACCGAUGCGUUUGUCAAGUUGGUAACCAUGGAGACAGAUGUGAAUUAAUGAGUGCCUGUUUAUCACACCCUUGUCUCCACGGAGGAACCUGCGUGGAUACAUAUUUUCUACACAACAAUGGGGAAUCAAAUAUGUACGCCGGUCCCUCUUUCGCAGAUUAUUCACAGAAUGGAAUGUCAUACAUUUGCAAGUGUGUUUCUCCUUUCUCUGGGCAUAACUGCGAAGAUGAUAGUUGUCGAUAUUGCAGUCCAAACGCAGAAUGCAUUUUGGGCCAUUGUGUUUGCAGCGAGGGUUAUCAUGGAGACGGAAAAACAUGCAAGAAAAAUGUUUGUCAUCCUAAUCCUUGUAAAAAUGGUGGAGCCUGUCUUCCAACUGACUCAUCUUAUGACUGUGAAUGCACGUUGGGAUGGACUGGACCACACUGUGAAACUCGACAAUACUGCGUUCCAAAUCCUUGCAAAAACGGUGGAACCUGCAUCCCUGAAGAAAAUGGUUACAGGUGCAGCUGCCUCAGUAAUUUUGAAGGAAAUGACUGCGAAAAGGCAAAUCCUUGCUCCCCGAACCCAUGCCAAAACUCUGGUACAUGUAAAGAAAUGAAUGGGGUGGCAACUUGUGAAUGCACUCCACAAUACGAAGGGAAUUUCUGCAAUAUUGACAAAUGUGCCAAAUGUGACUCGCAUGCUCGCUGUGAUAAUGGCAACUGUGUUUGCAUGGAGGGAUGGGUUGGUGAUGGACAAACAUGCACACCCAAAGGAGGCCCACCCGGUUCACGCUCCAAUCCAUGCGAUCCGAAUCCUUGUCAAAACGGCGGCCAGUGUGUUGAUCAAGAUAAUUCUUAUCAAUGUUUAUGCCAAGAGGGCUUCUCAGGCACAAACUGUGAGUUAGGAUUGAGGAACAACCCGUGUGAUGCAAAUCCAUGUCAAAAUGGGGGACAGUGCACAGCUGUAGACGGAAAACCUGUCUGUACUUGCCCUGAGGAGUUUGAAGGAGAAUUUUGCGAAAAGCCUAAAGGUGGUAAUCCUGUGGUUCCCGGGGGUCCUGGGACACCAGGCGGUUUAAAGGCUGCUUGUCACCCAAAUCCUUGCAUGAAUGGAGGAACGUGUACGGAGAAUGGAGGUGGAUAUGACUGUGCCUGCGUCACUCAAUACAGCGGACCUAAUUGUGAAAUUGACGAAUGUGAAAAGUGUGACAUAGACGCGAUCUGCGUUAAUGGCCAUUGUAAAUGCAAACAUGGAUAUUAUGGCAAUGGGUACCAAUGCGAAAAAGAAAAAGAUACUCAGUGUCAGGGCUGCAGUCCAUUCGCUCAAUGCCAAAAUGGCAUUUGCGUCUGCAUUGAACCCUACCAUGGGAAUGGAUAUAAUUGCAGAGCUGUCAAUCAGUGCAACAACUGCCCUCUACCGAGCACGUGUGUUCAAGGAACCUGCCUGCCUCCUUCAGCUGGGAAAAAUGUCUUCGUUGAUGCCGUCUCUGAACAAAUAACAUGUAAUAUGUUUUACUUUAAACUUCUAGCUGUAUACCAACUAUUCUGCCUUUGUUGCAAUCCAAGCCUUCUUGUUGUUGGUAAACGGCAGAGUGUAACCCUCAAGGAGACCAAAGCCCAUGAAGUUGAAAGCAAAGUCCACAAAGUCAACGUUGGAGGGGCAAAUAACGACAGCUUUACUGCUAAAGAGGACAGUAUUAUUGCAAAUUCCACAUCAACGAAGGCAGUAAAAGACGAGAGUGGAAGUCGAAGAUAUUUUUUCCCACACCCUUUGAAUGUAAUACCGCCGCCAUUCGCAAAUCAUCACAUUCACCUGGUACCAAAGCCGUACCCUGUUGUGUCCGUUCAGUACGUCCCAAGGCCAUAUCCUGUACCAUACCCAGUAGCGCCUCAUGUCCACGUCUCCCAUCUUCAUCUUCGCCCCAAAUACCACCUAAAUCCGUGCCAAAAUGGAGGGAUUUUCGUAAAGCUACCCCAUGAAUACUUCUGUAUUUGUCAAAAAGAAUUUCGGGGCAAGAACUGUGAAGAUAGAAAUUACUGCGCUUCAAGCCCUUGUAAGAAUGGAGCUACAUGUACUGAGAUUUCUGGCGCAUUUAAGUGCAGUUGUCCUCAUGGAUUUCUCGGGGUGGUAUGUGAAGAGCCUAAUCCUUGUCACCCAAACCCUUGUAAAAAUUCGGGGGUAUGCACUAGAUCGGAUUCUGAAGAAAAGUUCUCCUGUAUCUGUCAAGAAGGAUUUAAAGGAAUACAUUGUGACUCCAUAAACAAGUGUGAUCCAAAUCCUUGCAAAAAUGGCGCAACUUGUCAGCAGACUGCUGGUGAUAAUUACAUCUGUAUUUGUCCUCCAUCUUUCAAAGGAACUCUAUGCACAGAAACAAAGCAAUGCUAUACCAACCCUUGUCUUAAUGCCGGAACCUGCCACGAGGAUGGGUUUGGAUAUAACUGCACUUGUAGACUGGGAUACACCGGAAGCAACUGUGAAAGUCAUGUGUGUCACCCCAACCCUUGCUUGCAUGGUGGUCACUGCAGGGUAUCUUUUGGACAUUCCAAGUGUUUUUGUCCUCCUCUGUUUAAAGGAAAUAAGUGUGAAAUUCCUCAUCCAUGUUAUACCCGACCGUGUUUAAAUGACGGUAUCUGCAUCGACUCUUAUAGCGGUUACAACACGUAUCCUGAAAAUUGGAAUCAUGGCCACCUACAUUACCUAUGUAUUUGUCGCUCGGGCUAUACUGGGUCAAACUGUGAAGUGGACAUCUGUAAGCAUUGCGACAUAAACGCAAAAUGUAUAAAUCAGACUUGUCUUUGCGUGGAAGGAUAUUAUGGCGAUGGCUUUACCUGCAAAAAAAUUCCGCAUCCUUGUCAUCCAAAUCCUUGUAAAAAUGAAGCUAAAUGCAAAGAGCUUGGUGCUGGAGAAUAUGACUGCGAGUGUCCUCCAGGAACAAGUGGCAAGCACUGCGAAGAAAAGGAUGCCUGUACCCCCAAUCCUUGCAAAAAUAAUGGAAAAUGUAUUCAAACUCAAGAAGGCGGCUUCAAAUGCGUUUGCGAGAAUGGAUACACUGGUACAAACUGCGAACUUCCUAUUGAUGGGUGCCAAAGUGAUCCGUGUCAGAACGGAGGAACUUGUCAAAGUGAAAACGGAAAGGUGGUUUGCAAGUGUAAAGGCAAGUUUACUGGACCAACUUGUCAAGAAUGUGGAUGUCCAAAAGGAAACCCCUCGGCAAAUCCUCCUCUUUUCGCACAGAAAUGUGACGCCGAAGGUGAUUGCUACUGUGAAGAUGGAUUGGAUCUAAGAGACGACGGAUGCGCUAAAGGAAGAACAAAUAAUCCCUGCCUAUCCAACCCCUGUCAGAAUGGAGGAACUUGUGAGGAUAUCAAUAGUAACACAGCAUACAAGUGUCGCUGUCCAGAGGGAUACACAGGAACCAAUUGUGAAAAGGCGAUUUGCUCACCCGGUUAUUGUCUGAAUGGUGGAAUCUGCAAACCUGUUGGGAAUACGCCAACCUGUAUUUGUCAGCCUGGCUACACGGGACUAAGAUGUGAAAAACCACCACCUAUCAAGCCCAAGGACUACUGUCACCCUAAUCCCUGCUUAAACAGCGGUAGUUGUGUUCAGGUUGUCGGAGGAUAUGACUGUCACUGCGAUGAGCAAUAUACAGGGGCCCAUUGUGAAGUUGAUAAGUGUGCCAAGUGUGAUGUGCACGCCUUGUGCGUCAGAGGCCGUUGCAAGUGUGUGCCUGGUUACAUAGGAACAGGGUAUCAAUGUGUAAAAGCUCGUCACAAGCGCUGCCCGACAAUAUGUCCAGUCUAUUCAACGUGUUUACAAGGAGCUUGUCAAUGUCUACCGGGCUAUCAGAUGCAAGGAAACACCUGCAUACGUGUGACAGUUUACGCAAUACACAACGGUGAAAAUGAAGAGGAAGAGGAGGAGGAGGAGGAAGAAGAAGGAGAGGAAGUCGAACCUACUCCUCCAAUUCCUAGUACAAUUAACCCGACACAAUCAUCCUCAGCGCCAGUUCCGGUACCAUCCCCACAGCCGCCUGCUACAACUCCAGUUCCACUACCACCGCAACCAUCCCCACCUCCCCCUGUUCCUCCACCGCAACCAUCGCCACCACCCCCUGUUCCUCCACCGCAACCAUCCCCACCUCCCCCUGUUCCUCCACCGCAACCAUCGCCACCUCCUCCCGUUCCUCUCCCGCAGCCAUCCCCACCUCCCCCUGUCCCACCACCACAACCAUCCUCUCCUCCCCCCGUUCCUCCACCAGUACCAUCUGCACCACCACCUGUUCCCCAGCCUUCCGCGGCUCCACCGCCGGUCGCACCUGCUCUUCCACCGGCACCCGGUCCACCACCUCCAAUCAGCAGUCCAUCUGCUGCUGCUCCACCCUCUCCGACAUCUUAUGGGCCGCCUUCCAUGGAUUAUCCUCAGUAUUCUGACUAUCCUGUAAACUAUCGUUACCCACCAUAUUACAGGUCGAAUUACAGACCAUAUUACAGGUCGAAUUACAGACCAUAUUACAGGGCUCUGUAUGGUUAUUACUACGGAAAAUUUACAGCUGAGAAAGUAUCUCGCAAGCAUAGCACAGACAAAGUUGGAAACAGUACUCCAAGAAGACUAAAAUCCUCGAGGUCUCCGAACCUGUCCAAGAAGUCUAAGGAAACAGGUGUAGCGGUGAAAGGAACACGAAAGAAUCUUCUCAACCCUUUAAUUUCUAGUUACGAAGGACCACACUUCUCCGAAGCUCCGUUACCAAUUCACAUCGAGCAUAUCAAAGAUUACCCGGUUGCUGUUCCAGUCAAGAAGGAAACUGCUGAACACAUUUUACAUGUGCAUAUUCAUGACAAAAAUCCUUGCAAAAAUGGCGGAGUACUUUCGGGAGAAGAAUCAGGAAAUUAUCGCUGUAUUUGCCCACCUCAGUACGUUGGAUCCACUUGUGAAAUACAACAGCACUGUUUUUCUGAACCAUGCAAGAAUGGAGGAAAGUGCUUAGAGAUUAGCAAUGGUUAUAAAUGCACAUGCCUUGCUGGUUUCACAGGCAAUGACUGUGAAGACAGAGCCUUUUGCUCCCCUAACCCUUGUGAACAUGGAGGUACAUGCGUUGAGACUCUUCAAGGCUAUAAAUGCGUGUGUCAAGACGGUUACAAGGGGGAUAGCUGUAAAGAUACUGAUGCUUGUUGGCCUAACCCUUGCCAACAUGGCGCAAGCUGUGAAACCAUAAAUGGUUCCCCACGCUGUCUGUGUCAACCGCAAUAUCAUGGAACUUACUGUCAUGAGAGAUAUAUCUGCUUCAUGAAUCCUUGUCAUAAUGGAGGGAUAUGCGUAGAAAAUCCUUUGGCCCCUUGUCUUUGUCCAAAUGGAUACGUAGGAAAAUACUGCAUUGAUCACGUGUGUCGACCAAAUCCAUGCCUGCACAAAGGCACUUGCAAAGUAGUAGACCAUUCAUCGGGGUCCAGGAACAAGAGAUGGAAUUAUCGCUGCACAUGUCCGGAAUGGUAUCGAGGGCAUAUUUGUCAUAUUCCUCAUCCGUGCAUUCGUCAACCUUGCCUAAACGGUGGGACUUGCGUGGAUGCCUUCACUUCCAAAGAGGAAAACGAGGAGCAACCUGUCUAUGACGUAGCGCUCCCUUGGACACACUUGCACUUCCAUUGCCAGUGUCCUCCUGGUUUUAAGGGAUCCAGGUGCGAAACUGAUGUUUGUUCGUUGUGUCAUCGUUUGGCUGAAUGUAUUGACCAUCAUUGUGUUUGCAAGCGUGGCUACGUUGGAAACGGAAAUUAUUGUAAAAAGCCAACAAAUAGGUGUCAUCCCAAUCCCUGCCUUAAUCAGGGAACGUGCUCUGAACGACAGGACGGCAGUUACGACUGUGAAUGUGUCCCAGGAUAUUGUGGUCUUCAUUGCAAAGAUAUUUGUGAACCAUGUUUGUUACGGCCAUGCUUUAAUGGAGGAGAAUGUAUCCCAAAGGGUGAGGAACGUAUCUGUAUUUGCAAACCGCCUUACGUUCAACCUGACUGUAAUGAGACCGCUGUUAAUCGAUGUAUUCCAAAUCCUUGCAAAAAUGGUGGUACGUGUAGGUCUUUGCCAGAGAAAGAUGACUACAUUUGCGACUGCGUUGGUAAAUUCUCUGGAAAGGAUUGCGCCAACUGCGACUGCCCUAAGGCCAAACCACGACCAGAUGGGAAAGAGGUAAUUGACUCUGAAUGCGACGCAAUUGGGGAAUGUUUUUGUCCACUUGUUUCUGGUGUUCCUAAAGUCACAUUUACGGACGGCGGCUGCGUUCUUGACCGCCAAAGCCUUUGCUUUAGUGAACCAUGCAAGAACGGAGGAACAUGCGUGAAUACUUUAUAUGGAUUCAUAUGUGAAUGCCCUCCUCCAUAUUACGGAACUUUCUGUGAAUGCACUUCCUGUAUAUGUGAGCAACCGUGUAAGAAUGGUGCUACCUGUGUUGACAUUGCAACAAAACAAUACCAAUGUACUUGUCCCCCUGGUUACCAAGGUCCUGACUGUUCAACCCCAGUGACACCAACAGAAAAGCGUUGUAUAAAUGUCACUUGCCUACAUGGAGGCACUUGUGUAGAGCGUCCAAAUGGAUACGAUUGUAUCUGCACACCACAGUACACAGGACCACAUUGUGGAGUUGACAAGUGCGCUAAUUGUCACGAGGAGGCAGAAUGUGUAUAUGGACGUUGUCGAUGUAGAGAAGGAUACGUUGGAACUGGAUACGUUUGCGAGAAAGAUAAGGAAAAAGAAUGUGGCAUCUGUCCUGUUCAUCAUCAUUGUGCCCAGGGAGUCUGUGUUUGUAUUCCAGGGUUCAUUUGUCAAGGUAAAGGCAAUAUUCAUGCCACUGGAAUAUCCAUGCUACUUUGAGUUGCAUCGUAUACAGUGUUUUUUCUUUAUCGUUUAAUGGCUCGAGUUUAUGCACUCGUGUUUUUUUCUUCGGGAAAACUUUAGUUUUCCUACUUGGCAAAAUAUUCUGGCUCUUGACAAAAUAAUCCUAUCAUUACUAUUUCAUUUCGUUUACAUGGGCAUACGAAAUUCAUUACCCCAUUUCUCUGAACCAAUAGGAAGUUGGUUCCUUUCAACUGACUGGGGCUUGACUUCUUUUUAUACUAAUCAAUUUUUUUGUCCCAUUCUUUCCAAUUGCAGAUAGCGGGCGUUAGAGACGCUUCAUAACGUAUUCAGUUUUGGAAAUUAUUCUAUUGAAUGUUUGAAACCUCAGAGAUUACUAACAUGACGCAGUUAUGAUGACGAAACUUAACUGUAAUAUAUUAUUUCAAAAAAUAAGCAAAUCCAUUGAAACAAACAAACAAAGAAAAAACAGAAAAAGAGAGAGAAAAAAAAUCAUUUGUAGCUAAUCUAAUGGCAUACACACGGGCCACAUUACCGAUAACUUGGACCAGGUUUGGCUUCCAUGGCGGCAUCUUUUUUUUUUCUUUGUAUGCAGCAUGUGGCAUAAAAUUAAUAUUUACUUGAUUUCAAGUAUCUAAUUAAAUUAUAAAUUGUAACGUAACCUUGAGUAGUGAUAGCUUUAUGUUUAGUUUAUUGUAAAUAGCUAUGUUGCUUUAUAAAGACAAUAAAGCCGUGUGCUAAGUGCGAAGUGCACGCAAGGAACUGUUUUUGGAAA